UGCGUUGCCGUUAGUUCGUGCCCAGCAUUUAGGAAGCGAGGAACAGAAACAGCCUUUUGGGACUGUUACUUCAAUAAUUUUUUUUUCAAGUGUUUUUUGUUGCUGUUGUUAUUGCAGUUGCGCUCGUUGUUGUCGCUGUUGCCGUUGCCGUUGCUGUUGCCGUUGCUGUUGCGCCGUGCAGCAUGCAACGCUUUUGGCGCGCCUAGUUUGAAAUUUUGUUAACACUUGCAAAUUGUGCGCUCAUUGGCUAUCAAAUGUGGUAAAAAUGCCGCCCGCUGAGCAUCAUGUGGCCACGCCCCAAGCGGCUGGCAAUGACGACUUUCAACUGGAAGCAAGCACAAGUGCCGAGAAGUGGAAGGAUGUGCCGGACAAGUAUUUACUGGUGAUAGCACACUUGCUGGCCGGCCAUAGCAAUGAGACGGAGGAUAUGGAGCGGUUCAAUGGCCCGAUACUAAAGGCUAGCAUUAAAUCGGUCUAUUGGCUCUUUCUCAUCCAGUAUGCGGCCCUGGCGCUGCUGGGCGUUAUCCUCAAUAUUGCCAUCAUUGUGUACAUCAUGUACCAUCGGCUCUACAAGGAUGUUACGCAUGCGUUCAUCAUUAAUUUGGCCUUCUGCCAUUUUGUGCAGUGCGCCCUGGUGUUGCCCAUUUCGUUGAUGGUGAUGCUGCUCCAGAACUGGAUAUUUGGCCAGUUCCUGUGCUUUUUUUUGCCCAUGCUUCAGGACAUACCGCUACACGUUGCCAUGAUAUCGCACAUCCUGAUUGCCUGGGAUCGCAUGCGCUGGCUAAACGAUCCGCUCAAGGGGCGCAUACCCGGCUUCGUCUGCUGCUGUGCCACCUGGCUAACUGGGAUGGUGAUUGCCCUGCCCUAUCCAAUUUAUACGAUUUACGUGGAGCUUGGGGACUACUUACCACAGCUGUCCGGCAUUGGGCUGUGCGUUGUCAACUUGAUGGAUGACAUGCAAGAAUAUACACGGGGAUUGUUUCUAAUCAUGUACUGUGGCCCGGCCGUCCUAUUGUCCUAUUUGUAUAUACGCACCUCCCAAGAGCUGCGUCCCCCGGACGGACCCUUCGCGGUCAUGAUGUACGAGCAUCGCGUCGAUCUCCGCAUGAGGCAGAGGAACUCCUCGACAUCAUCGGAGCCGCGCACGCACAGCGGCGGCGGCGUGGCCGGGCUAAGUAAUGGACAUGGAACAAGCACCCGCUCCUAUGAUCUGUACAGCGCCGAGCUGGACGUCUGCCGGGAGAAGCGCAAGCAGCGCAAUUUUGGCAGCAUGGCCGCCACCCAGGUGGUCUGUCUGUGCCCAUUAAUGAUACUAAGAUUCGCACGGCUCUCGCUCGAGGAGACCUACGAGAAUCAGAAGCAUUUCGAUUUUACCUAUUUGAUGUUUGUGUGGGUCGCAUUUCUGCCCACAGUCAUAUUUCCUUGUAUUUAUGCCUCGCAGAUAUUGCCCAGAGAUGAGCAGGAGCGUCUGCGCGGCUAUUUUCGACUCUCGGCCAAGCGCAAGCCGAAGUCACAGCGUCGCAGCAAUGCGGGCACUGGCAGCCUGCAGGAUGACUCCAUUGAAAAGGACGAGCACACUAAUACCACAAGCGUUGCGGUAAAUGUUGCGGGACAGACGCAGCCCCCAGCCGAGUCACAGAAGCAUCCACCCAAGGGCAACGCAGUGUCGCUGCGUCAUGAGCGGAGUCCGGGACAUGGCUUAAGCUCCACGGAUCGGUACAGCGGUGCGCCGCAUAGACAGGGUCAGUCUGCCGUCAAGGAGCGAGAUCGUGAGCGGGAUAGGGAUAGGGAGCGUGAACGGGAUAGGGAUAGGGAGCGUGAACGGGAACGGGAGCGUGAACGGGGUCGGGAUCGGGAACGUGAGCGACGGGAGCGCGGCGGUCAUGUGCUGAGUGGACGCGGGGCUGGGGACGCUGGCGUGGUUAAUAAUCUAGGCAAGCAUAUGCGCGGCAAAAAGCACGAUGUCAAGAUCAAUAUAAUCUCGGAUGGCCAUGGCUCGACUGGAUCGGGCCGCAAGCAGCCGCCUAGCAGCAGCAGCAACAACAGCAGCGGCCGCUCCAAGCCCGCCGCCGGCCAGGCCAGGCCAAAACCGACCAUAGAGUACAUGUCCGUGUCAAACAACUCGGUGUCCAAUCUGACCGCCUCCAGCUACUGCAAUGGCAACAAUAGCGCGCUGCUGGAUGACAGCGGCACCAGCAACUAUGGUGACGGCGAGGAGAGCUCCGUGGUAAGCAGCGUGAUGCAUCCGCCGCAGCGUUGGCCCCACGUGGCCGGGUUGCGGCAUAAGGAUAUCUCAUUUAGCGAGUGCAGCAGCACCUUCUCCUCCAGCACGCUGGAGCGCGACUUGGAGAUUAUCGAUCUGCUGGAGCGCGAGCGCAGCAUGGACAUACAGGAGAUGAUGCAACGGGAGCAGCAGGGCGAGAAGGUUCGCCUAUCUGUCGGCGGAGUUGGUCGCCAGCUGCCAGACAUUGAGAAGCUAUAUGCGCAGCGCUCCCCCAAACCCAAGCGAGACUCCGGCUAUGGUUAUGAUAAGGGCGCAUUGGCGCUGGUGAUGCCCGGCAGUGAUCCGCUCAGCAUGUCGCUGGCCAGCAGCAGCCAGCCCACAGAGUACAGCCUGUGCUCCAAUCUGCAGGAGCAUCAGCUACAUCAGCAGGCACAGCAGCGUCUUGGCCACUUACAACAGCAGCAGCUACAACAGCAACAGCAGCAGCUGCAUCAGCACCAGCAACUGGAUGAGGAGGAGGUGCCGCAGGACUUUUACGAUAGCUAUACACCCGGUGGCAGCAACAAUUUGCCGCCAGCAGUCCAAGCGGUGCAAGUUGCAGCGCCCGCCCCGCCCCCACCCACCUAUCAGUAUCAGUAUACGCGUCGGCUUAGCCGCAAGAGCUCCGGCCCCGGUUCGCAUCAUGUUCCGGGCGGCGGCACCGCCCGCGGCUCUAAGCGCGAUAGCUUCAAUUCGCUCAAUGGCACCGAUCUAAUUGCGGGCGCAUUCUGUGAGCUAGAUCCCACACAGCCGCUCAACAAAAUGGCCGGCCUCGAGGGUCGCAUGCGUCGCAGCAGCCCCCGGAACGCCAGCUUCAACUCCAAUUCGGCGCGCAGCUCAAUGAAAUCGCGGGAUUAUGGACAUGGAUCCACGCAUUCCGCGCAUCCGGAACUCGACUUUAGGGAGAACAUUUUUGCCGAGCUCUAAGCAGGAGGUGGUCUUUGGCAACAGAUUUUGCGCCCCACUCCUGGCAAGAAGUGCUAAUGCACUUCAUUAUGCUCCCUUCUUUUUUUCCAUUUUUAAAAAACAAGUAUUUGCAUAUCGCGGAAAUACUGAAACUUUUCGAACCAAA